AUGCGUUCGGAGUUCCCCAAGCCGAAGAAUGCCCAACUCAGAGUCAUCAUCCAAUUGUUCAUCGAAGUGGCGGUCAGGGAGAGGAAGAGAUGCACCAUCAAACCUAAGCGCAUGUUGAUUUUCUUUGCGAAGAAUAUUGCAGUCUUAGAGUCGAUCAAGAUUCGUGGAGGCAUCAAGCGUGCAUUUGAAGAAUGGAUUGCCAAUGAAGAGGCUGACGACAGCGAGGAAGAUAUUGAUUUGCCGUUUCUUUCGCCAGCGAAAGAUAUCCGCUUGAGGGUGCAGGAACUGCUCGAUGAUUUUACGAACAGUCCUGUACCGGACAUGGCUGAUUUGCUGGCGAUGGCCACCUGA